UAAGCUAAAUAACAAAAACUAUUUUAACUGUCAAAAAAAUCACAAGAAUAUGAGUCAUUCUUCUUUAUCCAUGGCUUCCACAAAACCAUUACACACACUUUCUUCUCCACUCAAACAAACAAUUCCUUCUUUUGUUCCUUUGAUUUCCUAUAAACCCAAUUCAGAUUUUUCAAUUUCUUUCACUUCUUCUUCACAGGUAAAUCAACAAUCCCAGCUGAGACAAGUUGCUGCUUCUGUAGCAUUCAAUCCUUCUGGGAAUUUUGACCUCUCCCUUUAUGAUGAGCAAGAAAAUACAGAAGUAGCACCUCCACCAAUGCCCCCAACAGAAGGUAGAUACGAAGUUGUUAUAGAUAAUGACAUUAUUCAACGUCUUGAUUUAUCCCCAUUUCAAAAUGCAACUGGAUUAUCAUCACCCUUAUCUGCCAAGCCAAAGGAGUUUCUGGAAAGGACAAUUGGUUUUACAAUCAAUUACAAAAGAGAAGAUAAAUAUGAUCCAAGGGAAUUAUCAGAAUUUCCAGAUAUACGACUAUGGUUCAUUCGGCUAGAUGCUACUUAUCCAUGGCUGCCAGUUUUAUUGGAUUGGAGAGCUGGAGAACUUGCACGUUAUGCAGCAAUGUUGGUACCCCAUCAGAUGAGUAUGAAAAUGGGGGUAGUAUUCAAUCCAGAGGCAUUGGAGUUGUUUGUGAUGAAUAAGGUGUUUGUGGUAUAUUCUUGGUUGAAGCAAAAUGAGAUUCCAAUGCCAAGGCUGAAGACAAAAGAUAUGGCAAGAAUGCUUGGUUUUGGAAUUGGGGAUGAACUUUUUGACUUGAUUGAUAAACACCAUAUUGAUACUUCAUGAAGUUGAAGAAAGAGGAAAAUUAGGCUUCUGCAAAAAAAUAAUUUUUUUGAAUAUGUGGAAUAUCAAAAGCUUAUUUUUCUAGUCGUAUCUAGUAGUUGUGGAGGUUUGAGCUUCAUAUUAAAUUUGGUAUGGUUCAAAUUAAUCAUAUGAUGUACAUGUUUUACUUAGUUAAAAUUGUGUCAAGUUGAUAUA